AGUCGGGCCUUUCGAAAUAGAAAAUAGAACAUAAAUGAUGGCAUGAUGGCACUGAAAUCAAAUGCUCCAACAAGAGCAUUCAUCCAACAAGUAUUAGUUAAGGAAUGGCUAGAUAGUUGCCACAAAGGGGAGCUUCUUGCUGCUUUAAAGCAGCAUUGGAAAUGCUAUGUACUGGUGGUUCUGGGUCAUGGUUAUGACCCUGCCAAAGAAGAUCGCUUGGCAGAAAAGUUUCUGUUUCGGCCUAUGGAAUUUUUCCUUUGUAAUGGUGACCCUGAAGUCAAGUUUAAGGAACUCAAGGAAAAAGAUUGCCCGUCCCAGUUCUGUGGUAAAGUGUUCAAGUAUGGGGAGCCCACAUACUCAUGCAGGGAUUGUGCCAAUGAUCCAACAUGUGUCCUAUGUAUAGACUGUUUCCAGAAAAGUGACCAUAAAAAACACAGAUACAAGAUGAGUACUUCUGGGGGAGGAGGGUACUGUGACUGUGGGGACAGUGAGGCAUGGAAGACAGCACCUUUCUGUAGUAACCACCAGGCUAAACAGCAUGAUACCUCACAGGAGAACCCCAUGGAGAGGCUGCCAGAUGAGCUAACAGACAGGGCAAGUGCCCUACUUAUGGCUGUGCUACGUUACACUAUGGAGAUGCUUACAUGGGAACAAUGUGACAACCUGCCUCCAGACCUCCAGCCUGAGGGAGAACUGGAGGACAGCUAUAUCACCAUGCUUUUCAACGAUGAAGUGCACACUUAUGAACAGGUGAUAGUCGCACUGCAGAGAGCUGUGGAUUGUACACAGAAAGAGGCAGUUGAGUUUGCUACGACUGUUGACAGAGAGGGAAGAAGUAAUGUGAGAAGUGGCAAUUUUUCUUCAUGUGAAAAAGCCCGUAACAUAAUUGAGCAUAACACGUCUCGUCAUGGUAACAAACCCCUUAAGGUACAGGUGAUGCACACCAUCGUGGUAGCCCAUCAGGCAUUUGCCUUGAAAAUCAUCCAGUGGUUGCAGACCAUCAUUGGAAAGUCAGAUGGCUUGCGUCAUUUAUUCUGUGUACUGAGCAUGCAGCCCCAGGAGGAUGGCCAGUCUAUCAUGGAGAAGUUACUCCUGAUUGACACACAACUGUGGAAGGUGGCAAGGGUGAACAACCACCAGCUCAUUAUGGCAGGUGUGUUGAUGGACCUGGAGUGUAAGAAACAGUUUGCCAUUCUCUUCACCAAGUGUUACAGACAAUUGAUGCGUGACUUUACGCGGGACGAUCAUGACCACGAUGUGUGUGUAGCCUCCCUCUCUGUGCAAAUCUUUACAGUAACCAGUCUGGCUCGGAUGCUGGUAACAGAAUACAACCUGCUCGACGUUAUUAUGCAGUCCUUCCUUAAGUGUUGUGAGGAAAAGAAAAAUAAUGAGGGAAAGCUGGCUUUUGACAGAGGUGACAGGAAUCAAGCUUUUAAGAGAGCCUGUUACAUGCUGUAUGAUAUGAAGUAUGCCCUCACCUGUAAACCAUCCGAUCACGAAUGGACUGACAAAUUAAGGGAGAAUUUCCUCAAAGGUUUGCGAUCAUUCCUGUCGCUCUUGAAGAUGAUGCAGGGUAUGGAUGCAGUCAUAAGACAGACUGGUACACAUCUGGAGUAUGAGCCAGAGUGGGAGGGGGCCUUUAACCUACAGCUAAAACAGGAUGAUAUCAUCGCAGAAUUCAUCAACUGGUGUGGCCAGGAUAAACUUACCCUGAUAGGUGCAUACAAGAUCACCAUGGAUAUUUUAUCUCAGUGUAAAGACAAACCAGCAACUGUGAAGCGUGAAUACAAAUCAGUGGCAGGAUUCAAGGCUAAGUGUGUGCGAUAUGAUGUGUCCGGUCAACAUGUGUCAAUACACCUCCCACUCACACGGUUCAUGGCAGGUCUCUGUCUACAUCUUGAGAAACAUGGCCUAAACUUCAACUCCCCAGAACUUGCUAUGGAUAGCUUGACCCCUGUUGACCUGAUAGAGCCACCCCUAAGAGUGCUGGUGAUGAUUGCGCAGACCCAGGCAAACAUGUGGCGUCGUAAUGGCUAUGGACUUCUCAACCAAAUAUUUUUCUACCAUAAUGUGAAGUGUAGGAGAGAGAUGUAUGACAAAGACAUUGUGAUGCUACAGGUGGGAGCCUCUGUGAUAGACAGCAAUGAAUUCUUGAUACAUUUAAUGAAUAAGUUUGGCCUGCUGGCCUGGGCCAGUCUGGAGUAUGAUGUACCAGGAAGUCAGGAAGACAUGAUCAAACAGACAGUGACUUUGGCUGAGGAAUUUCUGAACCUUCUUAUCAUUAUAAUAGGUGAACGGUAUGUGGAAGGAGUUGGUGAUGUGACAAGUGCAGACACGGUCCAGCGGGAGAUUAUCCACCAGCUGUGUAUUUCACCAAUGGCCCACAGCGAACUCUCCAAGGCUCUCCCAGAGGAUAGCAACCAUGAGACUGGUAUUGAACAGGUUAUCAACCUUGUUUCUACAUUCAAGAAGUCAGCAACAAACUCAUCAGGGCGAUUUGAACUGAAGAAAGAUUCCUACCAAGAAUAUAACAAGUAUUUCUACCACUACAGCCGGGCUGAGCAAUCAAAGUCAGAGGAGGCCCAGAUAGAGAGAAAGAAGCAUGAGAAUGAAGGUCAAGCUCUUCCACCACCAAACCCUAAAAAAUUCAAGCAGAACUUUCAGCCAAUCACCAACCUCCUUCAGUGUGACAUGAUGCUGUAUCUGAUGCACCUUCUACUACAGCGGACAGCAGCAAAGCGCUCAAGGUCAUGGUCUGAAGGACAGCUUGACAGAAUUUUGCAUAUUAUUGGUCUAGCCUUAUUGGAACAGAGGAGAGCUACAAACGAGGGAGACCACUCCUUUGACUUCCUGUCCAAAGCCAUCAAUGAUGACAGAAACAUAAUGAGCAUAAUGGAAGGUCUAGUUGGUAAUGCCAAUCUGACCCACGAGUCAACCAAGGAUCUCCUUACAUGGACGCUUAAGCUGUUUUUGGAAGUUCGUAAAUUGAAGAAUGAUCCUGUCAGCAUGGACACAUUGGAUCAACUGUCUAGCUCUACAAACCGAAAUCAUGAUGAAACGAAAAAACUCAAAGCCAAGAUGGCAGCCAAACGACGUGCAAAAAUCAUGGCACAGAUGUCAACAAUGCAGAAAAAUUUUAUUAAGGAAAAUGCUGAGUUAUUCCAAAGUGCUGAUUCUGAACUUAGUAGGACUUCAUCUGAUAUGGACAUCAGUGAACUACAAAGUGGUGGCUUCCCUGUGGCCCUUGGCAGAAACAGGAGUAAGGUGGCCAGCCCUGUUCCUUGUAAGGGCAUGUGUAUACUGUGUCAAGAGGAGCAGGAAGUCAAACACAGUGGUCGAGCAAUGGUCCUUGCCGCAUUUGUACAGAGGUCAACAGUACUAUCACAAUGUCGGAGGAAGUUUCCAUCAAAAGAUGAUGACGACCAUGACUAUCUUUUUAGUCCUUCUGAUCUCACCUCAGGCACUUACACCAGUUCCUGUGGCCAUGUAAUGCAUUUUGAUUGUUGGCAAAGGUUUUUUGACGCAGUAGUAAUGAGAGAGCGACGGCGGCCCAUUCGGUUUCGUUCUAAUCUCAGUUAUAAUAUAGAACAGAAUGAGUUUCUAUGCCCAUUGUGUGAAAGUAUAAGCAAUACUGUGAUACCUGUUGUUCCUUCUCUUCCUUCUCUCGUCCCAGACAGCAAUAAAGAUGAUGCAAACCUGACAUUCAAUGAUUGGCUGGAUGGUCUACAUAAAUCUGUACAAAGUAGCAGAAAGGAAACAGACAUCAAGGAGGCCAAAGACACUGUCGCCUAUGAGUUUGAGCCAUCUCCUUUGAAUGCAAUUACCAAGAUGAUGGCUGAGAGUGUAGCUAGCAACUUCAGACUUCUGUGGCAGUCAUUUCAAAAUGACAGCACUCUAUUUGCUCAAAGUUUGACUGACAUGGUGAAGAAGUUUGGCAGAGAUGUUUAUUCUUUUGGUUUGAAUGUGGAACCUGAUGAUGGUAAUGUGAGAGUACCUUUCAUGGCCUGGUCAACCUGUGUCUUCACUUUACAAUCUAUUGAACAACAGCUGAAGGUGGAGGAGAAGCCAUUAUUUGGGGCAAUGUCCUCACGCCAAUCUGACUGCCUCUCUGCUCUUAUCAAGUUUGCCUGUAUCUUCAAUCUGGUGAUCCCCCAGAACCUUAUCAAGCAGCACUGUCUACGACUCCUGUCUGCCCUAAUGCCUGAGGCUAACAGGACGAGGAAGGAUGGCCAGAGUAUACUGGACAUUGACAUGUUUGGCUACUUGCUGACCUUGACUGUGACCCUGCCUUCACUAUAUACAGACUGUCAGGCUCCCUCUAUGGGAACUCUACCUACAGGAGGGCUAGGGGAUCACCAUGCCCUUAAGCUGGUGCUUACAGCUCACAUUGUCCAGAUCAUGCUUACCUGUGAUAUACCCUCUCAAGGAAUGAUGGAGAUAGAAGCUGACAAUGAAGGAGAAGCCUUACUCAGAAUCUACACCUUCAUCAGAAAGGAGGCCAAGAUGGAAGGAGAGUCAGAGAAUCCAGUACAGCCUUGGCAGUUAAGCCAAUACCUUAGGAAAGCAUGUCUACCAUUCCUGCGGUGUGCUGCCCUUCUGUAUCGACAGAUCACAGAGGUUCCAGCUCCCCGUAGUCUUCAAGAGUUGAAUGAUGAUGAGUUUGAGCCACUAUGUCGUUAUCUAGCUCUUCCUCCCCAACUGUCCACGCUGUUUGAAAGUCAGGGAGACAUCAUCACCAGUCUAGUCCAACAGUGGUGCCACAAUGACAAUAUUGGCAGUCAGAUGAUGACAGCCAGCAGUGAGAAGAUCAUCAGUUACCCACGUAGAGUCAAUCGGCUGGUUACUCUGCCAGAGGAUUAUAGUGAACUCAUCAAUGAAGUCUCAUCUUUCACUUGUCCUAAGUCAGAUGGUGAUGAAAGUCGAGCCCCCACCAUGUGCCUGGUGUGCGGUAAGAUGCUGUGUUCUCAGAGCUACUGUUGUCAGGCUGAUGUGGAUGGAACGACUUGCGGAGCUGCCACAGAACACACAGUAUCUUGUGGUGCUGGUAUUGGAAUAUUUCUCAGGGUGAGGGAAUGUCAGAUAUUACUUCUGGCAGGCAAAUCCAAAGGUUGUUUUGUGCCUCCUCCGUACCUAGAUGUUUACGGUGAAACAGAUCAGGGUCUGAGGCGAGGGAAUCCGCUGACUCUAUGCCAGACAAGUUAUAAGGCUCUGGAGAAACUCUGGUUCACACACUCCAUCCCACAGACUAUUGCUCAUAAUCUGGAGUCUCACAGCAACCUCCUCACCAUUGACUGGCAGCAUCUAUGACGGCUGUGAUUUAUUUUAUUGGAUUGUUUCUUGUUCUUCUCCAAUCUACUGCUCAGGAGUGUAUGGGUGACUUACCACUGGCAACCUGUGAUCAGAUUGAUGUAUUGGGUAGUGGAACUUCACAACUGCUGUGGAAACUUGGAGACCUGUUACCCUUUUGGGAUGUUUGACAUCUGAUAACUUAUACCUGCAUUUCGAAAAUUGAAUAUCUGAUUUUCUGUCUAUUGAUAUUUCAUUAUUUUUCUACCUCUAAUUAAUUGGACAACCUUUAUGUUUCAUGUUACAUAUUAGUGCUAUUAAGUGCUACAACACAGGGUAAUCACUGUCUUGAAAUUGAAUAGUGUAUUCACAGUGUAAUGCUGUAUAACACGUUAAUUUCACCACAUGAUGUCAAUAAUUUCGCCGUUGAGUAGAAACUAAAAGAAUUGAGUAUCUUUUUCUGAAUUAAAAUUCAUCAGUUCAAUAUUUGCCAUGUGAUGUAUGGCAAAACAGUGGAAAGUAGGCACUGACAUAAUAGAACACUUGAUACAGUAAUUGAAUAGUUAAGUCAGUCUUUGUAAACAGAUCAAGGAGAUAAGGGUGGUUUUUGUGGACAGGUGGUCUUAUAUUAGUUCAAUUACUGUGUACUGUAUUCCUUGGGAACCACAGGACAGUGGCCUUUAUAGAAAGGUAUUUGUUAUAAUACAGGUGUUCAUAAAAACAA